AUGACCAAACCGGGCUUACCAUCCCUGGCCGAUGUUGUCCCGCCCCCGUUUGUACACGAGAUACGAAGACUUUCCAUCCAUGGCCAAUCGUCGGCGGCUCCCACAUCUAUAAAUGAACCCCGCAAAGUAUCACUCCCGCCUGAUACUCCUCGAGUUGAUGAUUACCAACGAAGGCAACCCGAGCAGCCACUUCAGAUGCCUCGGCCGUUUGAGCAAGGCCUUCCGCCCCUCGCCCAGGGCGAGGAGUUGAAGCGGCAUCCAGCUUAUGAUCAAGCCAUCUCAGGGUCUGGGCAGUCGCCACAUCCUUCCUCGGCGAGCUCCGUGUAUGGGUCGAUCCAGUCGCCGAUGCAGUCACAGCCGUCCACCCGCACACUUCCUUCACCACCCGGAGUCCAGUAUCCGCGAACGGGGAGCUCAGAGUAUACGCAGUAUUCCCCUACUGCGACGCAAGCCGCCCACACGACGCAUCUGCAAGAUCUGCAACAUCAAAUCUCAACCAAGACCCUGGCAUUACAAACGCUACAGCGGGAGCAUGACCAGCUGCUGGCGGCGUUCUCCAGGUCGCAGAUCCGUUGCACGGCCCUAGACAAGAAGUCCCGAGUCUCGGACCAUGAAAUCAACACCUUGACCGAGGACAAGAUCCGGUUACAGCAACAGGUCGAAGCGAUGGAAGCUCAGAUCCAAGAUCUCAUGAGGUCACGUGACGAGGUGAAUCAGCAAUCCUCGGCCGACGGGGCGCAGUGGAGGCAGAUCGUGGCCAUGUCAUCUCAGUUGCAGCUCAAGGGCGCGGACGACGCACGGCGGUUCCGAUUGGAGCGAGAGGCAUGGGAACGGGAGCGCGCAUCGCUGCACAAACGCAUCGAGGAACUCGAGUCUGGUAAGGAAAAGCUUCCCGAGGCCGGAAGGGUGUCUGGCUCCACGACCCCUGUGGCAAACGAUCCGAUUCUGACUUCGGGCUCUGUUGAGGUUCUUAGAGAAGAGAUUGUCAGGCUCCGGCGCCGGUGUGUCGAGUUGGAGCUGAUGCUCCAGGAGCUUGCAGGAGAGGCUGAACAGAUCGAGAAUGUGAUCACUACCAUGGAAAAUGUCCGGAAGGCCCUUGCCAGCAAGAAACGACGCACCGAGGAUAGUUAG